ACCAGUUGUAUUACCUUGAAACCUAAUUUCAAGAAUCGUGAUCAAAGAAUUAAUUCUGAAUUUUUAAGAUUAUACGCUUUUGAUUACAAUGCAAGAAUUAAAUCAAUGACUUUGCCCCACAAUGGGAAUCAGGAGGAACUAAUCAAGCUUGUUCAAAGUAAUCCGUCUCUUAGACAAUUCCAUUACCAAUACAAUAUCUACCGCGUAUCGUGCAUGUCAAGAGAUAAGCUUUGGAAUAGCGUGAUUUUACCACCCAGAAGUGACGAGUCGCCAACUUGGGAAAUUGAUCCUGCCGAAUACGUCUUUAGAGGUAAAGAAGAUGACGACGAUUUGAAUUAUUCCAUUAUUAGAAAAGAAGGGAAAUAUUUACCUUGGGAUUCAAUUAUGAAGCCAAGCAUCAAGCCUGCUGGUGUAUUGCCCAAGGGAAGAUGUAUAUUUAAUGGAAUGGCUCCAAAUUCUGGAGUUACCAAGACGCAGUUUACGGUUAAAGGGUGGUGUAAUUCUAGAUGGGUUGAUUGUUCCCAAGAAGAAUAGUUAAUAUUGUAAUUGGUAUGAUGUUAUAUGAGAGGGUUAUUAUUAUUAUUUAUUUUU